AUGUCUUCUACCACCGCCGCCGCCGCCACCACCAUCGAGCGGUCUGCUCGACUCCUCAGGGAAGCCCGUGAGAUGGCGGUCGGCCUGCAACCAAUGCCAUGCAGCAAAGGUAAACAACACCUAGACCCCGGCGAGAGAACUGGCUGCUCUAGGUGUAGCAAUCUGCAGUAUGAGUGUGUCUAUGCAGUGUCUAGAGUCGGGAAGGUACCAGGAAUCCGGGCUCGGGCAAAUAAGCAAUCCCGGACGAACCCAGCGGAGAAGACUGCACCAACUCCACGGUCUGAAUCCGCCGUCUUGCAGCAACAGGACGCCGACGCCGACGCAGACACUCAGACCACCACCAUCACCACCACGACGGCCACCGAGCCUGACGAGCCUCAUCCUACUCUCGAAUUCGGUGACAAACCAAACGGGGCUGAUGCUGGUCAAUGCUUUGACGCGAACACCCCCAAAUCCCCUGUCGGCAUAUAUGCGGACUGGACCAAUCCUUCAGCAGAUCAGUCUCCCAAUCCGUUUGAUUCUGCAGAUCUUUUCAUUCUACCCAGUCAGUUGAUGUCUUCAGAGCACGACCCUAGUCGGUCAUCCCGGUGCCACAGUCAGGCUGCGGGAGUCUCUCAUAUCCAAAGCCCAGCCCAUGCUACCCCUUUCUUGGAUGCUGGAAUGCUUCCUCUCGACCUUCCAGAUCUUCCAGACAUGGAUCUACCGGAUUUGGAUCUCCACAUCCAUGACUUUCACCCGAUGGAUCUCCCCAUGUGUUCAUUGGAGACUCCUGCUGCCACCCCAGCUACACCAUCCACUAAGAAGAGACGCUCUGUCCACCUCGAUCCUUCACGGUCUUACCCGAGCCGUUCCGCAUCCCAGUAUACUGAAAAUGUAUCUGUGAUGGAAUGUGAUGGUGACUUCUCUACCAAUGGGCGGCGCCAUCAACAACAAUACAACUAUCGAAGCUGGACUAUCCUAAGCUGUAACCGAAUAGUGGAGUUUCUAGAACACCACAUCCAAAGAGGUGUCAUCGCGCUGGACGUGGUCAUGCACACCAACAAAGUCACACUUGCAGAAAUCUCACGGCUCCUGAGCCAAGGCGCACAUAAGGAGCGAUCCAAUUGCGCCAUGUUACUUCUCAUUGCCAUUGAGCAGAUUGUCACCCUUUUCGAACGCAGUGUAGGGCAGGACCCUUCAGAGAGCGAUCGUGCCAGUAUUAUUAGCAGCAUGGGAGGCCUCACUAACAUCGGUGCAUGUAAAUCCCUAUCGCGGGGCAACACCAGUGGCAAUGUCCUGCCCAAUCUUCGGUUCGGGUCAUUUCAAAUCAGCCAGGAUGAACAGCUAGAACUUCGGUCUUAUUUGCUCCAGCGUGAGCUGCAGCGGUGUCUUCAGGUUCUCAACACUCUCCGGGAUUCCAUCACUCUAGAGCCCAACCCAUGCAUAAAGCUAGAGGAGCGCGUGGGCAAGUUAUCUUCCACCAUCUAA